AUGACCACCAAAGACGGUGUCUCGACCAUCCAUGGCAUCCCUACCAAAUACGUCUCCCUCCUCACCCUCGUCGUCCAAAACUCCUCCCUUGUCCUUGUCAUGCGAUACUCCCGAAUCCUGCCUGGUCCGAGAUACCUGAGCUCCACUGCGGUCGUGCUUUCCGAGGUUCUUAAAUGCAUAAUAUGCUUCUGUGUCCAUAUCAGCGAGCAGCGGCACCAUUACCGAUCCUCCCGCCUUCCAACCCUCUCCAACGACGUCCCGCAUCUAAAUCCAACCAGCUAUGGCCUGAAGCAGCUAUGGACCGACAUCUUCAGUGUCAAAAGUGGCUUCUUGAAGCUCCUCGUGCCUGCCGUCUUGUACACUCUCCAGAACAAUCUCCAAUUUGUUGCUGCCACCAACUUGGAUGCCGCCACUUUCCAAGUCACCUACCAAUGCAAGAUCCUGACGACGGCUCUGUUUGCCGUGUGGAUGCUGGGCCAGAACCUGUCGGCCCAAAAGUGGCUGGCUCUGGUGAUCCUCACGGCCGGCGUGGCCUGUGUUCAGAUACCUUCUUCCACCGCCACGGCCAAUAUCCAGCAAGGCAAUUACCUGGUCGGGAUCGUGGCUGUUGCGAUUGCCUGCAUUUGUUCCGGAUUCGCAGGUGUCUAUUUCGAGAAGGUCCUGAAGAACGGUCAAAGCUCGUCCAUCUGGGUGCGUAACAUCCAGCUGAGCAUUGGCUGUCUGGCUAUUGCGCUCACGGGGGCUUUCGUCUGGGACGGCCAAGCGAUCCGAGAGAAUGGCUUUUUCCAGGGCUAUAACUCCGUCGUCUUCGCAACCGUCUGCAUCCAGGCAGCAGGAGGCCUCAUUGUGGCAAUGGUCAUCAAGUACGCCGACAACAUCCUCAAGGGAUUUGCGACCUCCCUCUCUAUCAUCCUCUCAACUGUUGCUUCCAUCUUCAUCUUCAACUUUGUUCCUACGAUAUAUUUCCUGUUCGGCUCAAUCUUGGUGUUCUUGGCUACCUAUUUGUACAGCGUACCUGAGGCACCAAAAGCCUUUGAAACCACUGCCUCCGACCCAGCCGAAAAGAACCCAAUUCUCGUGGUGGAAGAUUAUGAUGUGGAAGACCGACUCAGCUCAAUGACGACACCAAGACCGUUUCGGGAUGAGAGCGACCCUGAGUCGAGCGACGAGGCGAGCCGUGACAGCAUCAGCAUCUAUGAGGCUGACGAUGGCACACAUUCUCGGAAUUUCUCACCGUCGUUGAUCCAGCAUUCUACGAUGGAGAAACAAGUGCUCCCCGAGUUAGGCCAUGUUGCCUAA